AUUUAAAUCUGUCCAGAUUAUUGAUUGCUGCUGCUGCUUUUUCAUUCAUUAAUUUUCAUCUUCCAAAUUCUUGGAUCGAAAUCGGGCAACAAUAACAAAAAAAAAGUAAAACAAUUCUGGCUCCAUUGAAAACGCGAAAUUGUUUGUGUUAUGUGUGUGUGAAUGCUGUAUACAAAACCAAUCAAGCCAGCCAGUAUAAACCAUAAUUACACAGCGCAAAUCAAAAAUUGAACUGAAAACAACAACAAGAGAAAAAACCACUUCAAACCAGAAUGAAGCGGUUCUAGCCAAGCUAUAUUAUUUCAUUGAACAACAACCAAGGCGACGAUGACGACAACGAAUGAAACACAUCGAUUUAUUUUUUUUUUGUAGCCCAAUUUCAAGGAACCGUUGUUUACGAACGGGAUCACACGGAAAAAAAUUCUGCUUCAUUUUUUUAUGAAGACAAUAAUUACUCAAUCGAAUAAUUAGCAUGUUUUUUCAUUUUCACAAAAUAACUACUUUCUUAAUCAAUGGUUAAUUCUUCUUCGGCAUCAAUAUAUCACGUUUGGCGAUUAUUUCCAUUCGCCAUUGUUGAAACACGAAAAACGAAGAAGACGAAAAAGUUGUUUCAAAAAUACAAGACAAGACAGACAAGUUUUUAUUUUAAUUGUAUUAAUCGUAUAGAAUGAAUAAACGUAUGAACAGCGUGUGUGACAUUGAGCAUUUAUAUUCGAAUUUUGAAUGGUAAUUUUUCUUUCGAACUAAAAAAAGUUCCAAGUUGUCGUUUCACUACACAUUGACAUUGACUAAUUAAUCACGUGGCUUCCUUUUAAAUACCGGUCACGUGAUUUAUUAUUACUAUUUUCCAUCGACGAUUAUGUUUUUGCAUAUGUAGAAAUAGUCAAACAUGUGAUUGAAAAAUUUAAUUUUUUUCUGUUUUGAUAAAAUUUCCAAAUGACAACAAAAACAAUGGCAAUAAAACCAAAUCACUUAUUAGAUAGAAUCAAAAUGGAUGAUCAUUCGUGGUUUGCUAAUCUAUCAUCAUCAUCAUCAUCAUUAAUCGAUGAAUGUAAUCAAAUUGUACAACAGAAAUAUCAUUCAUCAUUAAUGCAUCUUUGUGCUCAAUAUGAUUCAUUUCAAACUGGUUACCUUUUAUUAGUCAAUCAUGCUGAUCAUCAGUGGUUAUAUAAACGUGAUCUGGAUGGUAAAACACCAUUACAUACAGCAUGUACAUUUGGAUCCAAUCAAAUAGCUAGUAUUUUUAUUAAAAAUCAACAUAUCGUCAAUGACUUUAAACGUGGUGAUUGGACAGCAUUAAUGAUUUCUAUUGCGAAACAGAAUAUUAAUUUAGUAAAAUUAUUAUUAAAUAAUCAAGCUGAUGAUUUAGUAGAAGAUAAAAAUGGUUGGACCGCCUUGCAUUUAGCCGUACGUACUGGUAAUAUUGAAUUGAUCAAAUUAUUGAUGGAUCAACCGAAAGAUUGGUGGCCAAAGCCUUUGAAAAAUGGUCGUAAUAUAAUGCAUAUUGCAGCCAUUAAUGGUCAUAUCUUGGUAUUCGAAAUGCUGGCUAAUUAUCUUUCAGAAAUCAAUCAAAAAGAAUUGAUAAAUUACGCCGAUAAUUGUGGCGUUACACCAUUUAUGGAUGCAUCAUGUAUCGAUUGUAUACCAAUCAUGGAAAUUGUUCUGGCUAAAAUCCACGAUAUAUCCACAUGUCUUGAACAUUUAGAUGAUUGUCAUCGUAAUAUUCUACAUCAUUGUGCACAGACAAAUUCAUAUACAACUAUCCAAUUCCUGAUCAAUCACAAUUCAUUAUCAUCAAUGAUCAUCCAGAAAAAUUUGAUAAAUCAAUGUGAUGAAUGGGGCCAGACACCAAUAUUUUUGGCAAUACGUGAUGGACAUUAUGAAUCGGUGCAAUUAUUACUACAAUUAGGUAGUCGAAUUGAUAUUCAAGAUUCAAAUGAUCGUACACCGGUGGAUAUUUGUCAACAAUAUAAACAUGAUCAUUUAUUGGAUUUAUUUGAAAAUUUAAUGAUUUAAAAAGAACAAAAAAAAUGUAAAUUACAUAAUAGUUGUAUAAUUUGGAUAGAAAAAUUUCACAUUAAAAUGAUCAUGUUGAUAA